AUGAACCAAAAGAUGAUGAAGGGGACGAAGCUCUUCCAGCUGCAGGCAUGGCUUAGAAAAUGGAGAAGGAUGAGCGCAAAAGUUUUUCCCUCUGCGACCUGUGAUUACCCCUACCGAUGGCGAUGGGCGCUGCGGGAGGAGGAGGAGGUGUCCAUCCCUAAGGAUGUACCCAGGGGUCACUUGGUGGUGUACGUAGGUGAAAACUGCAAGAGGUUUGUGAUCAAGGUGACCUUGCUCAAGCAUCCCCUCUUCAGAGCUUUGCUCGAUCGAGCUCGGGACGAGUACGACUUCAUGGCCGCCGACUCCAAGCUUUGCAUUCCCUGUGACGAGACCAUGUUCCUCGACGUUGUUCGCUGCGCCAAGUCUCCACCGGAUCCAAGGAUCUGCUUAUUCUGUCGUUGA